CAUAUGGCAAAGUUUUAUGAUUGACCUCAUUCACUCCGUCAAACCGGAAGUGAAGGUAUUUUUGCGGAAGUGUCAUGGUAGCACUAUGAGUACAAUUCGUCUGCAACUUCAGGAUCAUUUCACCCGAUAAAUGGAUGGAGUAUGGUACAGAGUGAGAUAUGAAUCAGAUUUUAUCAGCAGCUUGACUUUCUGUAUACAGUCCCUGGUCAGAUGAGGGUCAUUGUGUGACUUUGACCGAAGUGAUAACAUGGCCCUGCCCAGAGCUGUCCGUGAAUGGCUGUCGGAGUAUAAGGCCUUAUCUACAGAUGAACUGCCAAGCUAUGUGUCGACUGUAAGGCAGAAUGAGGAACUGGUCACCAACCUGUAUUGUCUGUUUGAUAGUCUACCCUCACUCGAGUCGCUGGAGCCGGUGUACCAUCAGCUGUUUGAGUUUUCCCGGUCCCGGGAGUCGGGACUGAAGAGAUUCACCCUGGAGUUUGUACCCACCCUUAUCUGGCUCUAUCUCUCAUCUCUCAGUAUCAACGGCAAAAAGGGUUCGGGUGGCUUAGAAGCAUUCCUGUUAGCUGUAUACAAUCUGGAAAUUGUGGACACUGAUGGAAAACCGAAAGUCAAAUCAUUCCGCAUCCCGACCUUUGGACAGAGCUCCGUAUAUCAUGAGCCUGUCAGCUUGGGAAGCCUGGCCCUCACGGAAAGUGUGUUGUCACGGUAUAAUCAGAUUGAGGCUAAAAUCUGGCAGACUGGCCCCUUUCCACAGUACGAGGCAAUUAACAGUCAGAACAGACAAGGAAUCCUAGCCUACCUGAUACAGUGUUACAAUGUUGACGUUGCCAACCUGUCUCCUGUGUCACAUCAGAUGAUGUGUAAGGCGUGCUCAAGAAUCGCCACAACUGGCUUUACAAACCUGCACCAGUUAGAGGAAGAUGAGGGCCAGCCAUUAGCCAGCUUCCGUAUAGGAGAGGAGAGGUCAAAGGGCAAGAGACGUAGCCAAGUUGGAGAACUACCCCCAAGGAUACCAGUUAGCCCUGCCCUUCUUGUGGAGAUGUUAUCAGGGAUAUACUACACCAUGUAUAAUGGACAGACCUCCCAAGGAAUCAAGGCGGCUGUAGACAUCCACCACAGAGCCUGCUACGAACUCUAUGCAGAUGUUUUGUUGGUAACCAAUGCUAUCCGCGAUUCGCUCCAGUGUAAUGCGGCGGGACAUUCGGACGGUCCGAUGGGCAUCAGCAUGUCGUUGACCCCAGCCACUUCUGGUCACACCAUCUCAAAGUCGGCCAUCACCAACGCCUCCUUCAGAGCACGCAAGCUCCCAGAGGACAUUAGCAUACCGGCUACAGAAGAUGGUGCCAAGUUGCAGACCAUCGAGGAAGACGGUGACGCUCACAAGCCAGUGAUCAAGCUUUCAAAGUCCGGCAAACUCUCGGCAGCAUUUGGGAAAAAGGGAGAAAAAUUUAAACUGAAAGAUUCCAAGAAGGAAGGGGAGACAACUACCAGACAGAACGGUGACUCAAUGGACAGUGUGCAGGUCGGCGUCGUGAAAAAUAGCUCCCGUUCAAUAGUAGAUAAUAUAGAACUACAAAAGUAUUCCACUCACGAAGAAUUGGAAGAGAAGACCAGCAGCAGCAGUAGUAUACUACAGAUGGCUAAACUUAAAACGACCAGCGCAUUGGGACUGACGAAGGAAUCGAAAAACAAACACUCUCGAAAUCCAUCUUCCUCAUCUGUAAAUACAGAGAAUUAUAGUACUGAUUUAUAGGGUUACCACUAUGUUAAUUUAUUACAGUGAUUGGUGGAUAUAUUUAAGUCGUAUUAAUAUUUACACUUUUACAUACUUGCCAACCUUUUGACAUUUCCAUGGGGGAGAUUACUCUAAAUUCAAAACAUAAAUAAAGGGUAUGUUUAUACCCCCACCCCACCCCACACCCACCACCACCACCACCAAGUGAAAACGAAAAGAUAACACUUUAAAAUGGCAUCUUUUAUGUGGUUCUUUCAGAUGAAAUGAUUAGAUCUCUGAAUAUAGGAAUAGUUUAGCAAGUUUACUGGCUGAAAAUGGUGAACUUUAGGGUCUAAAAUCGGGAGUCCCCCUCAAAAUAGGGAGAGUUGGCAAGUAUGCUUUUAAAGUAAAUUCUGAGCCUUGUUUAUGUAGGAAUGUUUUGUUUUAUUUAAAGAAGAUUUAGGUGUUAUUUUGUGUUGUUUCUUUGUCACACUGUUAAACUUUGUCACCAGAAUCACAUUUUUGUCACUGACGACCAAAUGAUUUCUGAAGUAAUUUUUUUCCGAAACGGUGACACUUGAUUUUAAAUUUCUACGGAACCUCAAAUUGGUGAAUUUCAGGGUCCAACGUGAUAUAGACUAUCGGGUUUUUAGAGUGAUUUUUUUGUUGGAGUAAAAUGUACAUGUAAAUCUAAACAAUGCUAAGUAUGGACAGUAAACACCAUUUUUAAAACCGUGAUUGAGAAUCUGUUACAAUCUGGGACAUGUAGAAUGAUUUCAGUUCUCUUGUCUGGGUUCACUAAAGACACUUGUAUCAGUUCUCACAGGGAACACUACUGGGACUCCGUGUAAUUUAAUUGUCUCUGGGUUCAGUUAUUAGGCUGCACUUGUACAUACUUCAAUCAACAUUUUACAUUUAUAUGUAAUUAUUUAACUUUUUUUCAUGUGUAUUUUAGAUUAGUUACAAUAUAUCAAUGGAUUUUGAAUUAUUUAUUGAGAAGGGAUUUGAGAUAAAUUGAUUUUCAAAGAACUGUUUUAAUUUUAGUUAUCAAUUAUACGACUCUCAUCAGAAUUAAGACAGCCGCCAAUGUCAGGCGAACUUCAUUACCUCAGAUGAUCAUGACGAUGUACACAUUAGCUUGAAUGUUUUAUAAGAUUUAUAAAUAAAGAUCAAGUGAGACCAGUUAGUGAUAUUUGAUUUUAUGCAAGUUACCUCAAACUGCGUAAUAAAGGUAUGGUGUUGAGUGUUAUUAACUAAAUAAUCCAGAAAAAAAGUCUGAUGUUAAAUAAGGCAUGUGACUGGAUAUGUUACUGCCACUCAAACCUCUGAUUUUUGUUCCCAAUCAGAACAACUUCAGCCAGUAAAGAAGGACACUCCAGCAGUAUGAGUUACCUCCCUUUGUAUAAAGUUUUUAGCACUGUUUUUGUUUUUGUUUUCCCACACUCGUAAUGUAUUUUCAAACGUAUUGGUAAAUUUGAGACUUUAUGUAUGUAUCACAUCCAUUCCUGUUUAUUAAACUGUCAGCUUAAGCUUAAAAUGAUAAGUAUGAGACAAUACAAGUUAUCUUCCGGAAAGGGAGGUAACUCAUACGAAAAGUACUAAACAGUAGUUACUGCUUGGACAUUUUAUUUACAUGCUUUCUUAAUCAUUAGCGCAAAAAUACACAAACCCUGUGAAAUGAAUAUGUAUUGAGUCACCUACUUUGUUAAUCAUUAGCACAAAAACACACAAACCUUGGGAAAUGAAUAUUUAUUGAGUCAGCCUCAGCGUUUGAGGAUGAUCAGAUAAGGAUGCAUUCCGGCACCGCAUCGUUAUCCAACGGUGACUUGUCUUCCAAACUCAAUGUCAAUGAGGAACAUGACAGAAAGCGACAUUUUAGCUGUGUUUAUAUAGAUUACUCUUACUCGAAACGUGUUAAGUAUCUCAUCUGGGGUUACACCAAGGUAGAAUUUCUGUUCUGCGGUAAAUCAUUAUUUAGUUUUAUAACUAAAAAUAGAAUAAAAUCAUUUUGACAGAAUAAUUGAAUUUUCAUUUUUUUUGUAUAUCAUAGAUUUUCUGCAUUCCACUUGUUUCAAAAGUGUUGUUGUAUCAUGUUUCAAGAUAAAUGAAAAGGUAUAACAUUUACAUUUAAAACUAACACCUGUCAUAACUUUACAAAGGACAGUUAACCAUUUGUCAUAUUUUUCAUUCUUGUGCCAAUUUUGCUUUUUUCUACUUUGAAAUAUCAAUGGAAGUCUACAAAUAUUUGUAUGUAUUGAAUGUCUUGUACUUGAUAUAAAAAAAUAAGGCAAUCUUGUAUUCCCUACAUGAAAUCAACUAUUUUAAAACUAAUAUUUAACAGGGAUUUUUUCCUGUUGUCUUGCUAUAAGGGAACCUCUUUACUCAACCAGGGAUUAUGCAAAGAGUUUUUUUUGGUCAAUAUUGAUAAAUCAUAUCUGUAGUUAUUUUUUAUAAAUAUGUAUCUACUUAUGGUAUGAACAAAAAAUAAAAAUAAUCAAAGUGGGGGCCACACAUUCACUCCACAUUUGUAUUGGGGAAAGAAAUUUCAAGUGCAUUUAUAUCUUAAUUAAUAAUAUUGAAUUUUAGUUUCAUUUGUGUUUAUUCUUUUUUCCAAAUUUUUAUACAUUGUGCUGAAGACUGAUGUAAGGAAAUAUAAAUUACUAUUUAGUUGCGUUACAGCUAUAGCCGCUGUGAUUUUGUAAUUUUUAUCGAAAAUUUUAUUUCCACUUAGGAAGAUUUAAAAACAGUCUUGAAUUGCUUUGGAAAAUAUUGUAGAUAUGAACAUCUCAUUCCUAUAGAGAUUACUUAUUGUGUGUGAUUAAAUUUCACUUUCAGUGGAUGAAACAGAUUUUUUUUUUCACAUAUAAAAAAUAUACUUUAGAAAACCUUUUUUUUUUAUUAAUCUAGUGCGGGCUUUUGAACAUUGUAGAAUUGUAAAUAAUUGACAAAUAUAUUGGGGAAGUUAAAGAACAUGUGGACCUCUCCAUGUAAUUGAUUAUUUUAGAGAAAUACUCCAUUAAUACUUUGAUUUUUUUAAUUAAUAUUAUUAGUUAAACUCACACCCUUUUUUUUACUCAAAACGGAAAGUGCAUCAAAGGUAUCAAUUAAUAUGAUAAAAUUAGAAAUAAAUUCAUUCCCUCUCACCAUUGAAAAUUGAUUUGAAUUUAAAGCAAAAACAUUUCUAAUGAAAAUGAACAUAGCAAACGCGAUGGUCAGUUGGGACAGUCGAUUGUGCGCUCCCAUUUACCCGAGUGGUCGCGCAGGGGGUAGAAGGAAACCAGAGUACCUGGAGAAAACCCAUGUGGUCAAGCAGACGACCCCAUACCUUUUUUGGUUCAGUCAAGGAAUUAAAUCCCAGCAGUAUCGGUUAGGUUAACCCUUUUACCCCUAGGUAACUUUACUUAGUAGACUCUACCACACAUUGAUCGGGAUGAGUCCAUUAUGGUCUACAGAGGUGAAAGGGUCAAAGGCCAGUGUGCUUACUCACUGUAGUUCAAUAUUCCAUGUGAGGUUCAGAUUACUCUAAGUUCAGGUACAGAAUAUUUUUGGUUAUGGUUCACAAGGAAAGAUUACUCUCAGGUGAGGUCCAAAAUACGCCUGGUAGUGGUUAAGAAUAGUUCAGGACAAAGUUCAAAAUACUCUCAAACGAGGUCCAAAACACAAAGUAACUGUGAAUGUGGUUUAGAAUACCCUGGGACAAGGGUUAAAUUAUAGGCUGUUGUGUGUUUGACAUCAAUGUAUCGGUAUAUGUGUAGAUUUGGUAGCGUGGCUGACCGCACAAGGGAACAUCAACUGUUUAGUUUGUGUGUAUACAUAAUAAAGACAUCUAUUUCUGCUA